UGUUUGUAUGAAAGUUUUCCUGAACUUCCUUUGGAGGAAGUGCCAGAAGCUGAUGGAGAGGCUGCAAACAUCCAGUGUCCAACAUCUGCCAACAUUCAAGAGCCGUCUUCUCCAGCAACCUCCAGCGAAGCUUUCACGCCAAAGGAGAGCUCUCCUUACAAGGCUCCGAUAUACAUCCCUGAUGACAUUCCCAUUCCUUCAGAGUUUGAGCUCCGAGAAUCCAACAUUCCUGGAGCAGGAUUAGGGAUAUGGACCAAAAGGAAGAUUGAAGCAGGGGAAAAGUUUGGCCCUUUUGUAGGAGAGCAGCGGCCACACCUUAAAGAUCCCAGUUACGGUUGGGAGAUCUUGGAUGAGUUUUGCAAUGUGAAGUUCUGCAUAGAUGCCAGUCAACCAGAUGUAGGAAACUGGCUCAAAUAUAUCAAGUUUGCUGGAUGCUACAAUCAGCACAACCUUGUUGCAUGUCAGAUAAGUGAUCAGAUAUUCUACAGAGUGGUAGCAGAUAUUGAACCAGGAGAGGAGCUCUUACUGUUCAUGAAGAGUGAAGAUUAUUCACAUGAAACAAUGGCUCCGGACAUUCAUGAGGAGCGCCAGUAUCGCUGCGAGGACUGUGACCAGCUCUUUGAGUCCAAGGCUGAGCUUGUAGACCACCAGAAGUUCCCCUGCAGCACACCUCACUCCGCCUUCUCCAUGGUGGAGGAGGACUUCCAGAAGAAGCUCGAGAAUGAGAAUGACCUUCGGGACGUGCAUGAAAUCCAGGAGUGUAAAGAGUGUGACCAAGUCUUCCCAGACUUACAAAGCCUGGAGAAGCACAUGCUGUCGCACAGCGAGGAGAGGGAGUACAAGUGCGACCAGUGCCCCAAAGCGUUCAACUGGAAGUCCAACUUGAUACGUCACCAAAUGUCGCACGACAGCGGGAAGCACUACGAGUGUGAAAACUGUGCCAAGCAGGUGUUCACGGACCCCAGCAACCUUCAGAGGCAUAUUCGUUCCCAGCAUGUUGGGGCUCGUGCUCACGCUUGUCCAGAGUGCGGCAAAACCUUUGCCACUUCUUCAGGCCUCAAACAGCAUAAACACAUCCACAGCAGUGUCAAACCUUUUAUAUGUGAGGUCUGCCAUAAAUCCUAUACUCAGUUUUCAAACCUUUGUCGUCAUAAGCGCAUGCAUGCUGAUUGCAGAACCCAAAUCAAGUGCAAAGACUGUGGACAAAUGUUCAGCACUACGUCUUCCUUAAAUAAACACAGGAGAUUUUGUGAGGGCAAGAACCAUUUUGCAGCAGGAGGAUUUUUUGGCCAAGGCAUUUCACUUCCUGGAACCCCAGCUAUGGAUAAAACGUCCAUGGUUAAUGUGAAUCAUGCAAAUCCGGGCCUUGCUGACUAUUUUGGAGCCAAUAGGCAUCCUGCUGGUCUUACCUUUCCAACAGCUCCUGGAUUUUCUUUUAGCUUCCCUGGUCUCUUCCCUUCAGGCUUGUACCACAGGCCACCUUUGCUACCUACUAGUUCUCCUGUUAAAGGACUACCGAGCGCAGAUCAGACAAACAAAAGUCAAAGUCCCCUCAUGACAAAUCCUCAGAUACUGCCAGCCACCCAGGAUAUUUUGAAGGCACUAAAUAAGCAACCAUCAGUAGGGGAGAAUAAGCCAGUGGAGCUUCAACCAGAGAGGUCCUCUGAAGAGAGGCCGCAUGAGAAACUCAGUGACCAGUCAGAGAGUAGUGACCUUGACCUUGACGAUGUCAGUACCCCCAGUGGCAGUGACCUGGAAACCACCUCGGGCUCUGAUCUGGAAAGUGACAUUGAAAGUGAGAAAGAGAAAUUUAAAGAAAAUGGUAAAAUGUUCAAAGACAAAGUAAGCUCUCUGCAGAGCCUGGCUUCAAUAAAUAAUAAGAAAGACCACAGCAAUCAUUCCAUUUUCUCACCAUCCUUAGAGGAGCAGACUGCGGUGUCAGGAGCGGUGAAUGAUUCUAUAAAGGCUAUUGCUUCUAUUGCUGAAAAGUACUUUGGUUCAACAGGACUUGUGGGGCUGCAAGACAAAAAAGUCGGAGCCUUACCUUACCCUUCCAUGUUUCCCCUCCCAUUUUUUCCAGCAUUCUCUCAAUCAAUGUAUCCAUUUCCUGAUAGAGACUUGAGACCGUUACCCUUGAAAGUGGAGCCCCAAUCACCCAGUGAAAUAAAGAAGAUCCCAAAGGGAAGCUCUGAGUCUCCCUUUGACCUCACCAUAAAGCGUAAGGAGGAGAAGCCACUUACUCCCAUACCCUCAAAGCCAGCAGCCCCCUCUGCAGCAAGCCAGGACCAGCCUCUAGAUCUCAGCAUGGGCAGCAGAAGCCGAGCCAGCGGCACAAAACAAGCCGAGCCUCGGAAAAACCACGUCUUUGGAGAAAAGAAAGGAGGCGACCUUGAACAAAGGAAAGCAUCGGAGUCCUCUUUGCAGCACGCCAGGCCCACCCCGUUCUUUAUGGAUCCCAUUUACAGAGUAGAGAAAAGAAAGUUAACUGACCCACUGGAAGCUUUAAAAGAGAAAUACUUGAGACCUUCCCCGGGAUUCUUGUUUCAUCCACAAUUCCAAUUGCCUGAUCAAAGAAUUUGGAUGUCAGCUAUAGAAAACAUGGCCGAAAAGCUGGAGAGCUUUAGUGCCCUGAAACCGGAGGCCAACGAGCUGAUCCAGUCAGUGCCGUCCAUGUUCAACUUCCGUGCACCGCCAAGCACCCUGCCCGAAACCCUGCUGCGGAAGGGCAAGGAACGCUACACCUGCAGAUACUGCGGCAAGAUUUUCCCGAGAUCUGCAAACCUAACACGCCACCUGAGGACUCACACUGGAGAGCAGCCCUAUAGAUGCAAAUACUGUGACAGGUCCUUCAGCAUAUCAUCUAACCUGCAGAGACACGUCCGUAACAUCCACAAUAAAGAGAAGCCAUUCAAGUGUCACUUGUGUGACAGGUGUUUUGGUCAACAAACCAAUCUUGACAGACAUCUAAAAAAGCAUGAGAACGGGAACAUGUCUGGUACUGCAACAUCUUCACCUCACUCAGAACUGGAAAGCACAGGGGCAAUCCUAGAUGACAAGGAAGACUCUUACUUCACAGAAAUUAGGAAUUUUAUUGGAAACAGCAACCACAACAAUCAAUCCCCCCGAAACUCAGAGGAAAGAAUGAAUGGCAGCCACUUUAAGGAUGAAAAAGCCAUGGUAGCCAGCCAGAACUCGGAUUUGCUGGAUGACGAAGAGGCAGAAGAUGAAGUCAUGAUGGACGAAGAAGAUGAAGAGAGCGAAAUGGCAGGGAAGGCAGUCAAAGAGCCUGUUACGAGUGACAUGCACGAGGGGACUCCGGAGGAGGAUUACGAGGAAACGAGUACUUUGGACAUGAACUGCAAAGCUUCCCCUGGCAGGUAUAAGGAGGAGGAGUAUAAUAAGACUGGACUUUCGGCUUUGGACCACAUAAGGCACUUCACAGAUAGCCUCAAAAUGAGGAAAAUGGAAGAAAAUCAAUAUAGUGAAGCUGAAUUGGCAGCUUUCAAUACUUCCCAGCUGCCAGAGGACCUAAAACAACCAUUGUACAGGAAAUCCAAAUCCCAGGCGUAUGCGAUGAUGCUCUCUCUCUCCGACAAGGACUCCCUUCAUUCCGCCUCCCACAAUUCUCCCAACAUGUGGCACAGUAUGGCGAGAGCCGCUGCAGAAUCCAGCGCCAUUCAAUCCAUCAGUCACGUAUGA